UCGGCGAGUACAAGAAAUUAUUUUUUAUAAUGAUAAUUAACUUAGAUUAUAGUUACACACUAAAGUUUUACAAUAAAAAUACAGAUAAGUAAUCUGCAACAUAUUUAAGAAUUGUUAAAAUGUCUGUUACUUUGAAUAUCAAUCUUAAAAGAGCUAGUAAAAUUUAUCACGAAGGUGAAACAAUAGCAGGUGUUGUUGUGGUCGAUAGUUCAGCAGACGUUCGGCAUGAAGGGCUUACACUUACUAUGGAGGGAUCUGUUAACUUACAGCUAAGCACUAAAACGAUUGGCAUAUUUGAAGCAUUUUCAAACAGCAUAAAGCCCAUUACACUUAUAAAUACAACAUUAGAACUGGCUCCAGCAGGGAAAAUUCCAGCUGGUGUUACAGAGAUACCUUUUGAAAUCCCACUAGUGAGCCGGUCCAAUGCCAGUGGUCUAGCAUUGCUGGAAACAUACCAUGGGGUGUUUGUCAAUGUGAUGUACAACCUCAAAUGUUGCAUGAAGAGGUCAUUUCUGAAUAAACCCCUGAAUACCACUUGUCAAUUUUUUGUGCAGUAUAAACAUCAAGACAGUGCACCAAUAAAACCUGUACGCUGUGAAAUCAACCCCACAACAGUACGAGGUGGUGCUAAUGGUGGAGGUAGUAGGAUGCCUGCAUUUCAUAUUUAUGCAGAGCUGGAUUCCAUUGUGUGUCCACUUGACAAACCACUUACAGGAAAGGGACUCAACCAAAAACGCGUCUUAAGCGGGAAAGCAUAUUAUGCGGGAUAUAGGGAAAUAAAAAACGGACCUACUACAUAUUUGCGUGUAGAUGAGUGUUCGGUGGGCAUCAAAUCUAUCGAGUUGCAGCUAGUUCGUGUAGAAACUUGUGGUUGUGCAGAAGGCUACUCUAAAGACGCAACUGAGAUUCAAAAUAUUCAAGUUGGGGAGGGAGACGUGCGGCGUGGUGCCACACUACCGCUGUACAUGGUGCUACCGCGACUGUUCACCUGUCCCACCACUGCUGCCGCCAAUUUCAAGAUAGAGUUUGAGCUGAAUAUUGCUGUUAUAUUUGAAGACAACUACUUAGUCACUGAAAACUUCCCCAUCCUAUUGGUGAGAAGUCGAUAAAUUCAAAAUGGGUGUUCAGAAAACUAUUGUAAAAUUAAUUACAUAUUAUCUUUGUUAGUUAA